CAUCCCAAAAAGAGACAUCCUUGGCAAAAUGGACCGAGACUUCCACCAACUUGUUUAUGAGUUUGAUGGUACAAGAGGUGAAAAAAAGGAAAUUGUACCUCUUGUACUUUCAAUAAAGUAGGGUGGAAAAACAUACGGACCACAUUCAACAACAAGAUGGGAGUCCAAUAUACCCAAGGACAACCGAGAAAUAAGGCAAACAAGCCGAGAGCACAGUAUGGUAGUUUCAAGAAACUUCUUUCACAAUCUGGAUUUGGUUGGGAUAAUGUCAAUAAAAGAGUGACCGUCGAUGAUCCAAGCAUAUGGCAACUUCACAUCAAGGAUAAUAGUGAGUGGGCGAAGUUCAAGAAGGAUGGGUUUCCUCUUUAUCCCGACUUGUGCAUUGUAUUUGGUGAUACAUAUGCUACUGGGGAGCAAGCAAUAGGAAGUGGCCACAAUUUGACACCGUCAGAUAAUGAGGACAAUUGUGAAGAUGAUGGCAAUGAUGUUCUGGAGGGUUUUGAUGAUCACCAUCUUGAUGAGGAAGGCUCCACACCUAGCAAUCCUAGUACUCCAAUUCAUGAUAAGCACAACUUGGAUAGGACUCUGAAUACCAAGAGAAGAAGAAAGAGUGGCCAGUACAAUUUAACCACGACUUGCAAAGCCAUUGAAGAUAUGAUCAAGUCCUCAUCGGCGACCUCACGCCCACUUGUACAAUGGAAGAGGAAUCAAGUGUUCUGUCUACUAGACAGUUAGCUCCAGUUGGAACAUGCUUGAAUGAGUUUCAUAUUAAGAUAAUAUGUGCAUGGAUCUACGCUCAGAUGCUGGACAAGUGCUUGCACAUGAAAGAACGAUGUAAGAACGGUAAACAAUUGGGAGCCGAAUGGGUAAGCGAAAUUAUUCAUGGACACUCAAAUAGAAUAUACGAGGCAUUUAGGUUGGAAAGACAUGUUUUUUUUAAUCUAUGUGAUUUAAUGAUAGAAAAUGGUUGGUUGAAAGAUAGUCAGUAUAUUAAGGUAGAUGAACAACUCGGUAUCUUCUUGUUGAUGGUUGGUCAUAAGAGCUCUAUGAGAACUUUAUGCGAGAGAUUCCAACAUUCCCCAGAAACAGUUAGCAAAUAUUUUACUGUAGUGUUGAAAGCAAUGAUAAAACUUUCAAAUGAAGUCAUCAAAACACCUUCUUUUGAUGUUGUCCUAGAGGAGAUUAUGAUGGAUCCUAACCACUCGCGCUACUUUAAGGUAUGUUUUCAAUAUUAAGUUUACAUCAUCAA